GGCACCCAGCAAAAGGAGAAGUAAGGAAGAGCAGUCCGCCCAAGCAAGCAAGCAACCUCCAUCUCUCUCUCUCCCGUAUAUAUUCAGCCCCCGCUCUCUCUCUUCUCGCCCAGCUCGCUCCCCUGCCCCGGAGCGCUCGGGCUGGUUCACGCGCGGAGGCUGCCAUGGCUGUGUCGUCCCCCGCUCCGGAGCCGCCGAGGAGGGCCGGCAAGUGGCGCCGCGGCAACAGAAAGGUGAUCAACGGGUACAUCGAAGAGGCGCGGGCGGCUCUGGCGGCCGCGGCGGCGCGGGACGGCGACGGCGGGGAUGACUCGGCGGCGGCCGCCGCGCUCGGGCUGGUCGGCGCGGUGCUGGAGCUGUCGCCGCGCAUGGAGGCCGCGCUCGAGCUCCGGGCGCGCGCGCUGCUCGCGCUCCGCCGCUACCGGGACGUCGCCGAGAUGCUCCGCGACUACAUUCCCAGCUGCGCCAAGUCCUGCGCAGGGGACGACACCGCCACCUCCUCCUCCUCGGCGUCCUGCUCGUCCGGCUCCGGCGACCUCGCCUGCGCGUCCCGCGCGGGGCUUCUCUCCCCGGGCCGUGAGCUCUCCGUCUCCGGCGCCGGGGCCUCCCGGUUCCUCUGCUGCCUCGACGUCUCCGCGAUCAAGCGCCGCGUCGUCGCCGGCCUCUCCAGGAGCUCCGAGGCCGAGACCCAGUGGAGGUACUUGGUCUUGGGUCAGGCUUGCUUCCAUCUCGGCUUGAUGGAGGACGCCGUGGUGCUCCUCCAGACCGGCCGCCGCCUCGCCACAGCCGCGUUCCGCCGCGAGAGCGUGUGCUGGUCGGAGGAUAGCUUCUCGCCGUCCAACUCGACGGGCAAUGUGCCCGCUGCCAGCAGAAGGGCGCCGUCCAAGUACAGCCAGGCGUCCGGGAUGCCGCCGGCGAGCGAGGCGGACUCGGUGUCUCAGCUCCUGGCGCACGUGAAGCUCCUGCUUCGCCGCCGCGCCGCAGCGGUGGCCGCGCUGGACGCCGGCCUCCCCGCCGAGGCCGUGCGCCAUUUCAACAAGGUGCUCGACGCGCGCCGCGGCGGCGUGCUCCCGCACUCCUUCGCCACGGCCUGCCUGGUGGGCCGCGCCGCGGCGUUCCGCGCGUCCGGGCGGCCGGCCGACGCCAUCGCCGACUGCAACCGCGCGCUGGCGCUCGACCCGGCCUUCAUCCCGGCGCUGCGCGCGCGCGCCGACCUGCUCGAGUCCGUGGGCGCGAUCCCCGACAGCCUCCGCGACCUGGACCACCUGAAGCUGCUCUACGACGCGGCGCUCCGCGACGGGAAGCUGCCGGGGCCGAGCUGGCGGCCGCAGGGCGGCGUCCGGCAGCGCGAGAUCGCCGGGGCGCACCGCGAGCUGGUGGCCCGCGUCCAGCAGCUCCGCGCCCGCGUGGCCGCCGGCGACGGGUGCAACGUGGACUACUACGCGCUCCUGGGGGUGCCGCGCGGCUGCGCGCGGUCGGAGGUGGUGCGCGCGCACCUCCUGCUGACGCUGAAGCUGAAGCCGGACCGGUCGGCGUCGUUCGCGGAGCGGCUGGAGCUGGUGGACGAGCACCGCGACCUGGACGCCGUGCGCGACCAGGCCCGCAUGUCGGCCCUGUUCCUCUACCGGAUGCUGCAGAAGGGCUACUCGCACAUCAUGUCCGCCGUGCUGGACGAGGAAGCCGCCGCGCGGCAGAGGGCCAGGGAAGACGCCGCCGCCGCCGCAUUGGCUGCCUCCGUGGCCGCCGCCGCAGCGUCGGCGACCAAGCAGGCAGAAGAAGAAGCCGCAGCGUCAGCGGCCAUGCAACAACAACAAGAAGAAGAAUCAGCAGCCGUGCCGGAGAUUCCCGAGACAGAGAGUGUCCGCUGCGAGAACAUCGCGGAGCCGGAAACGAUCGCGCCGCCGUCACCGAGGCUGAGCGCGGCGGCGAUGAGCCCGAUGUUCCAGGGCGCGUUCUGCCGCGACAUGGCGGUGGUCGGGACGCUGCUGUCCCGCGGCCGGUUCGACCGGCCGCCGAUGGCGGUCAAGUGCGAGGCGAUGAGCUGCUGAUCGUCGUACCAGACGGCGAUAUCUCGACAGCACCACCAAGCAGCGGGGAAACGGAGAGGAAAUUCGGGGAGGUGUCGUUCAAAACCAAAAAUCCAUGGCAGUAGUGUACAGUUCUGAGAGGUCGUUUUCCAUUGGAAAACCAAAAAACAAAAAAAUGCAACAAGUGUAGCAGUGCUAGUAAAGUUUUGGUUUCGUCGUCU